AUGGCGCUCAGCUCCCGGGCUCACGCCUUCUCGGUGGAAGCGCUGGUGGGACGCUCGGCCAAGAGGAAGGUGCCGGAUGGCCGCGACGAGGAGAGCGGGGCUGGCUGCCGGCAGAGCCGCAGAGCCCCGGAGCCGGAAAAGCGGCCCAAGGCGGGCGCCGAGAGCCGGGAGGCGGGGGCCGGGGUGCAGGUGGAGCUGCAGGGCUCCGAGCUCUGGAGGAGGUUCCACGAGAUCGGCACCGAGAUGAUCAUCACCAAGGCCGGCAGGAGGAUGUUCCCGUCGGUCAGGGUGAAGGUGAAGGGACUGGAGCCGCUGAUGCAGUACUACAUCGCCAUCGACGUCGUCCCGGUGGACUCCAAAAGAUACAGGUACGUCUAUCACAGCUCGCAGUGGAUGGUGGCGGGGAACACGGACCACUCCUGCAUCACCCCGCGGCUCUACAUCCACCCCGACUCCCCCUGCUCGGGGGAGACCUGGAUGAGGCAAAUCAUCAGCUUCGACCGGGUGAAGCUCACCAACAACGAGAUGGACGACAAGGGGCACAUCAUCCUGCAGUCCAUGCACAAGUACAAGCCCCGCGUCCACGUUAUUGCCCAGGACUCUCGCUUCGACCUGGCCCAGAUCCAGUCGCUGCCGGCCGAGGGGGUGCAGACCUUCUCCUUCCAGGAGACCGAAUUCACCACCGUGACGGCCUACCAGAACCAGCAGAUCACGAAGCUGAAGAUCGACAGGAAUCCCUUCGCCAAAGGUUUUCGGGAUCCUGGGAGGAACAGGGGGGUCCUGGACGGGCUCCUGGAGACCUACCCGUGGCGGCCGCCCCUCGCCCUGGACUUCAAGGCUUUCGGCGCAGACAGCCAGGGUGGGAGCUCCAGUUCUUCGCCGGUGACCUCCAGCGGCGGGACGCCCUCUCCUCUCAACCCCCUGCUCUCUCCGUCAUGCUCACCUCCUACGUUUCACUUGUCAGCGAGCAACAUCGGCGUGUCGUGCCCUGAGACCUACCUACACAACCUCAACGUGCCCCUCUACUACAAGAUUUGUCCUACGAGCUUCUUAAGACAACAGUCUCUCAUCUUUCCAAGCCACGAAAAACUGGGAGGCACCAACCCGCAUCUUCUACCCCACUUCAUGGUGGAUAUGCCAAAACUAUCUUCCCUCGGCAUAACCAAUCUGAAAAACGCUAAGGCUGAAGACUUAAACGGGCAAUGUCUACAAGUACCCAAUUCUGCUAGUCAAAUGCUGUAUGGAUUACAUGCAUCUGGAAACAUUUUCCCAUCAAGUCCCAUUGCUCGGGAAGCACUUAAUUGUUCUUUACAUCCUCCAUAUGGCUUGUACGGUUAUAACUUCUCCGUGCCAUCCAGACUGAUGAAUGCAGCAAGCCAUUUCAAAGUGAGUGACAGCAUUCCAGCUUCUUUGAGAGAUGGCAGAUGUAAUCACUCUAACUGGCACCCCACAAUUAACCAUUGCCUUUAG